CCCUCCAGAACUGAUUUUACAUUCACCCUUUGCACCUUGAAAAGUUUUCUGUUUUCCCAGCCCUCAGCUGUCACAGACAUGCUUUCUCUGUCACUGCAAACGUUACGGCCCCACUUCCUAAGGGUUUCAGGAUAUUUGGGCAGAGAGGGACAGGUCACAGCAGAGUCAUGCAGGCGAGGCCUCAGUGCAGCUGGUGCAUGGACGGGACAGGAGAGCCUGGCACAGGAUGACCCAGAGAUGUGGUGCCUCCUGCAGCAGGAGAAGGACAGGCAGUGUCGGGGACUGGAGCUCAUUGCAUCAGAGAACUUCUGCAGCCGUGCAGCGCUGGAGGCCCAGGGCUCCUGUCUGAACAACAAGUACUCUGAGGGAUAUCCAGGACAAAGGUACUAUGGAGGUGCAGAGAUCGUGGACAAAAUUGAGCUGCUGUGUCAGCAGCGAGCCCUCACUGCCUUCAGUCUUGACCCAAACCUGUGGGGCGUUAACGUCCAGCCGUACUCCGGAUCCCCUGCAAACUUUGCAGCGUACACAUCUGUCCUGCAGCCUCAUGACCGCAUCAUGGGCCUGGACCUGCCUGACGGAGGACACCUUACCCACGGCUACAUGUCAGACACCAAGAGAAUCUCAGCCACCUCCAUCUACUUUGAAUCGAUGCCUUACAAGCUGGAUCCUGAAACAGGUCUCAUAGAUUAUGACCGGUUGGAGAAGACAGCCAGACUUUUCAGACCCAGACUCAUCAUAGCAGGAACCAGCGCCUACGCUCGCCUCAUAGACUACUCUCGCAUGAAGAAGCUGUGUGUGGAGCUUAAUGCCUACCUGCUGGCGGACAUGGCUCAUAUCAGUGGCUUGGUGGCAGCAGGAGCUGUUCCCUCUCCUUUCCAUCAUGCUGACCUGGUAACCUCUACUACCCAUAAGUCUCUGCGUGGAGCAAGGGCUGGUCUAAUCUUUUACCGGAAAGGUGUGCGGUCUGUGGAUAAGAAAGGUCGGGAGGUGACCUAUGACCUCCAGGACAGGGUGAACUUUGCCGUGUUUCCAUCACUUCAGGGAGGACCUCACAACCACGCCAUUGCCGGGGUGGCAGUCGCCCUCAAACAGGCUUCCACUCCGAUGUUUAAACAAUACAUCACUCAAGUGCUGUUGAAUGCAAAGGCCAUGGCUAAUGCUCUGCUGAAGAAAGGCUACACCGUGGUGUCAGGUGGAACAGACAACCACCUGGUGUUGGUUGACCUUCGACCUUGCGGGAUAGACGGGGCUCGAGCUGAGAGGGUCCUGGAGCUGGUGUCCAUCACCGCCAACAAGAACACCUGUCCUGGAGACAAGAGCGCUUUGACUCCUGGAGGACUCAGGCUUGGAGCUCCGGCUCUGACCUCGCGACGGUUCAAGGAGGAAGACUUUGAAAAGGUUGUUGAGUUUAUUGAUGAGGGGAUUCAGAUUGCACUGGAUGUGAAAAAGAAGACUGGAAAUCUGGCCAACUUUAAGUCCUUCCUGCUUGAGGAUUCAGAGACAAUGUCGCGUGUCACAGAGCUUCGCCAGCGGGUGGAGCUAUUUGCUAGGCCCUUUCCCAUGCCUGGAUUCACUGACCACUAACAACACAGCACACAUAGAGCACGGAUACACACUCUUUAGGACUCCUCUAAUGUAGAGGUCUUACAUAUGUUUUGGUUGUGUUGCCAUGGAAACAACACUGUUUGGAAACACCAUCAAGCUCAAGGAAGUUGGUCAUGUGAAGCAUCAGUUUCCAAAUCAGUUAAAGAAAUAAUAUCUGCAUAUGACCUAAAAAUAUAAAAACAUGUUAAUGUUUGAAAAUCUGAUUGAUAUAAAUUAAAUCAUACAUCAGAUUUAUACUCAAUAUACAAUGCAGUUUAUAAACCAUAAGUGGCUCAUAAAUGUUUGGAAAGAAAUUAAAGUUUUCAUGACUGUGUAAUGUAAUUUGAUUACUAUCAACCUGUGGGCUCCCAUGGAUGUUUCAAUAAUGAAUGAGAGUAUAGAAUAACUUCUAAUGAUAUAAGGAAGCCUUCACAGGAGAAGAUAAAAAUGUUUUUUUUAACUCUACAUAAAUCAAUUCUUUAUAUGUAACCACCACAUUAUACAGUGAAAUAAACGUUUAGACUGUGCUCAUAAAUACUGAAAAGUUGAAUUUUAUUUUUACCUGAUGAAGUGACAACACAUCACUGCAAUAAUGUCCAACGUUAUAACACUCUGACAAGUUACUACAGUUCUGCAUUUAACUCUCGUAGAGCAGACAAGGGAAUUAUAUUUGGACGCACUAAAUAAAGAGAAUGAUUUGUUUUGUCUGAUCAAUUGCAAAUGCGGGUGGUUGACAAUGAUGAAACUUUCAACUCAGAUUGCUGACACAUAGGUCUAAAAAUGUUGCAUGAUAACUUGUUAGCUAUCUUGCUUUUAAUUCUUCACUACCAGCUGCACUUGCUGAUACAUAUUUGUUGACCUCUCAGACUGGACUGUUGGUUGUUCUGCUAAAGCCACGAGGACCUGAAGUGUUUUUGUGUAUUUGGAUUGUGUCACUAAGCUCCCCUUAUAGAGGACUCUCAUCAUCAUGCUUUGUCCCAUGUCGUGGGAAAAUUCACAGCAGCUGUGCUGGGAGUUCAACAAACUCAGCUUACACCCAUUAAACCAAAGUAAAAGAGAGUAAACAGCAUGUACUGUGUUUUGUGAUUCAUAAUGUCAUCAUCUGUAGCUUAACUUUGAUUUGUUUAGUUGAGGAUUUGUGAAGAAUGUACAAUGUUUAUAUAUUGGAUCUCUAUUGCAAUAAAAAGAUAUCCUGGA